AUGGCGAUGUUCUCUGCUCUCGGGGUGCUCUUACUGUGCCAGCUUUUGACAUCAUCCUGGGCCCAGAGACCGGGCCCCAGAGGAGCCCCGGGGCCACCAGGACCUCCAGGGCCGGCGGGGAAGGACGGCACUGAUGGCAAACCCGGCCCUGCUGGACUUCCAGGGAAGCAAGGUCCCAAAGGUAAAGCAGGAAUACCAGGAGGCCCAGGAAAACCAGGCCUGCCGGGGCUUCCAGGGGUAGAUGGGUUGACAGGCCCUGAUGGCCCCGCUGGGAAGGACGGCCCUCCAGGAGAAGCAGGUGAUGCUGGACCUUCCGGGCCACCUGGGCCUCCUGGCAGAGGGAGACCAGGAGCUCCAGGGCUACCUGGAACAAAUGGGUUGCCGGGCGGAGUCGGGCCACAGGGCCCAGUGGGUGCUGAGGGUCUUCCAGGACUUCCUGGACCUCCUGGCCCUGAUGGACCCCCAGGUCUGCCUGGCGCUCUUCCUGAUGGCAGCGGUGACCUACUGUGUCCUGCAAUCUGCCCUCCUGGUCCAUCUGGUCCUCCUGGGAUGCCUGGAUUCAAGGGUCACACUGGGCACAAAGGAGACAAAGGUGAACCUGGGAAAACUGGAGAGAAGGGUGACCCUGGUCCACCUGGCCCACCAGGUAUUCCAGGCACUGUAGGUCUGCAGGGCCCACGUGGUCUAAGGGGGCUCCAGGGCCCGAUGGGAGCCGUGGGAGACAGAGGCCUGCCCGGUUUCAGAGGCAAACCUGGUGUUGCGGGCAUCAUUGGAAAGACAGGUGAUGCUGGAGAGAAAGGACCACAGGGAUUCAAAGGACCCAAAGGAGAGAUUGGCAAAAUCGGUCCUAAAGGAGGUCCUGGUGGACCAGGACCCAAAGGGGAGCCUGGUAUUCCUGGCAGAGAUGGUAAAGAUGGUACUCAGGGACUGGAUGGUGAGAAGGGUGAUGCCGGGCGUCCUGGGGUACCUGGAGAGAAAGGACCCAACGGCCUUCCUGGUCUACAAGGAAAGGCUGGUGCAAAGGGAUCUAAAGGAGCAGUUGGCGAUCCAGGGAUGACCGGAGAGACGGGACCCUCUGGAGAGCCAGGUAUUCCUGGUGACAUUGGGAUCCCUGGAGAGAGGGGAAUUGCAGGACCCAGAGGAGUAGCUGGUGGCAUUGGGCCAGCAGGCAACAUCGGGCCUCAGGGAGUGAAAGGCUUCCAGGGGGUAAAAGGGGCUCUCGGGGAUCCAGGUCUUCCAGGUCCUACUGGUAUCCGUGGAGGAUUUGGUGAAAGGGGUCCAGUUGGAGCCUCUGGCCCGAAAGGAGACAUGGGUGUGGCAGGUAGUGAUGGUUUACCAGGAGAGAACGGAGAACCUGGUCCAUUUGGGCCAGUUGGCCAAAAAGGAGAGUCAGGGAAGCGUGGUGAGCUGGGACCCAAGGGUGUGGUCGGGCCACAGGGAGAACUUGGGCCAAGAGGAGUCCCUGGAAAACCAGGAUCAAUGGGCUUCCAGGGUGAACCGGGUCUGCCAGGAAUCGCAGGAAAGACUGGUGUACCUGGUAAACUGGCAAGCGAACAGCACAUCAGGGAGCUGUGUGGUUCAAUGAUCGAUGAUCAGAUUGCACAGCUGGCUGCUAAUCUUAGAAGACCUUUGGCCCCUGGUGUGGUGGGCCGCCCCGGCCCUGCUGGAGCUCCUGGAAAGCCAGGUGUUGCUGGCUCUAUUGGGCAUCCUGGUGCACGUGGACCACCAGGAUACAGAGGGCUACCAGGAGACCUUGGAGACCCUGGUCCCAGGGGUGAUGUUGGUGAGCAGGGUGACAAGGGACCCGUUGGCAAAGCCAUUGAAGGGCCAGUUGGAGACCAAGGAUACCAAGGUCUUCCAGGAGUUAAUGGAAUUGCGAAAGAUGGGCGUGAUGGAUCUCCAGGAGAUCCGGGUGAGCCUGGAGAAGCAGGCAGGGUAGGUAGGACUGGGCACCAGGGACCCCCUGGAAUCUGUGACACAUCAGCCUGCCAGGGGGCAGCAGCCGCUGGGAAAUCCCCCAACCCCAAAAAUCAUUAAACAAUAUUUCUUGCAACCUGACACCAUCCACCCCUUGGAGGAGGGGGAGCAAGUGUGGGGAGGAAGGAGAAGAGGAGGAAAGAGAGACAGAUAACAAAAAUGUCCUCUUUUUAUAAAUAAUUCAUCAAUGACAGGAUGGGAAAAGCAACAUCAAAAGAUGUGAUAUUUUGAGAGAAAUAGAGGAGCAUCCCAGGAGUGACAUAAAACAUCCAUGCAACUAAGAGACUAAAAAUCAAGAUGAGAUCCAUAAAUGAAGUGGACUGAAGCAGAGAAGAGUGUUUGGCCAAGAGCGAAGCUGAAAAACUGCAUUAACUCCGAAUACCAUCACAGAUGAGACUUGUCUUAUAAACAACUGAAAAAUGUAGGCCAUUCUUUUUCUGAGUCCUUUGUGUGUAAAAACUUUGUACAUGUUGUUUCCAUGCCCCUGUUAUCUUGGUUAUCAUCCCUCUUACAGAAAGCGCUCUUAGCACAACUGUGACUUGUCUUUUAAGUGAAUGUGCAAGUAACAUGGUCCUUUAAUAUAAAUCACAGGUGUUACCUCACAAUACAAGCUUACAGAGUAAAAUAUGGUGAAAGAUACCAGAGGUGAAAAGUGAGUCUCUGUCAAGGAGCUGUGUAUGUACUGUAACAGGAAUUAAAAAAAAAACAAAAAAAAACAAAUACCCAAGUG